AUGGGGGAUAAUACUAGCAAUACCUUAGUUUACUCUAGUAGCAUCAAUGCAUAUGGAACUAUAGUUUUAUCUCUAAUUUUAACAGGAUCAAUAUUUGGUACUUAUACUAUUUUUAAUAAAUAUUUAAAACAAUAUACAAAGGCAACUGAUAUCCCUUCUUCUGUUUUCAAGAGACAAUGGUUAUAUGGUAAAGUUACAUCUGUUGGAGAUGGCGAUAAUUUCCAUUUUUUCCAUUUACCAGGUGGUGUAUUAGGAGGCUGGGGUUGGUUAAGAUCAGUUCCUCAAUUAAUGAAAAAUGAACAAAACCUAACAAAUUCCUCUAAAACUACCACAAAAAAAAGUACUGACACAUUAACUAGCAAAUUUGCUUUUUGGAAUACAAAUAAAAAUAUUAAACAAAGAGGUAAAUAUUCAUCGAAACAUUUUCUUGGACUAGAGGUGCCAUAUAAGAAUAAAAGAGGACUCUCUACCAUAUCAGUCAGAAUAUGUGGUGUUGAUGCUCCAGAGAGAGCUCACUUUGGGAAUAAAACACAGCCAUUUGGAGAUGAAGCUUUAAUAUGGUUAAGUCAUACAAUUUUAAAUCGAUACGUCUAUAUCAAGCCACUUUCUGUUGAUCAAUAUAAUCGUUGUGUAUCCAAAGUUAUGUAUUUAACUUGGAGUGGUUGGAAGAACGUAAGUGUGGAAAUGGUGAAACAAGGAUUAGCCAUUGUAUAUGAAGGUAAACUCACAGCUGAAUUCGAUGGGGAAGAAGAUAUUUAUCGCUACCAUGAGGCAAUUGCAAAGGCCAAUAAAAGAGGCGUUUGGUCACUAAAAGAACUUCGAAACUCCCGGUGA